AUGGAGCAUCAGCGUCGUGAAACGCAUCACGGCGCUAGAGAUGGGCCUCUCCUUGGCCUCAAAGGCGGCUGUGUCCGACUCCCACGCUGGGUCCUCUUCCUCCGAGCGCUUCAGCUUCUCUUCGCAGUCAUCAUCAUCGGCCUAGUCUCUUACUCGCUCUCCAUCCACGACGGCAGCUAUGUGAAGCCCCCUUCCUCCACAAACACACCCUCCGCUCCACCUCCGCACCACCCACCAUCUUUUUUUCCAACCGUCUUCAACUCCAGCUCGAAGCAGACCUACGCAGAGCUAGAGAAACGAGUCACUGACGGCACACAGAUCCGCCCCGCACUCAUCCCGACCCUGAUCAUCGCCAUCCUCACCAUCAUUCCCAUUCUGUCACUGACAACGGUUCUCGCGCCAUCGCUUCGCGGCUUCCACGAUGCCCGCGCCGCCCUGCUGGCAGACGGCACCGCUACGCUCUUCUGGCUUGCCUCCUUCACAGCCUUAGCCUGCUACGAACGCAUCUACUACAACGCCUACGACAUUGGCGACUACUACCGCCGCAAGCGGAAUUUAGUUUACGACAAGUACUCCGGCUACGCGCGCUACGAAGACGUCCACUACAUGAAGGCGAAGAGGGUGUGGAAGACCGGCGCCGCGGCGGCGUGGUUCGGCGGCAUCGAGUUUCUCCUGUUUUCGAUAACGACGCUGGUUUUUGUGUAUUGUUAUCAUCACUAUCUUGCUGGUACUAGUGCGCCAGGCCUAGGCAGUAGGGGUGCGGGAGAUGCGGAAGCGCUGCCUCGGUCCGCUGCACCGGGCAUUGCGGCGCCAGCGACGGUGCCGGCGGGAACGGCGACUGCUCCUCACUCUGCGCCUAGAGCUGCGCCUGAGCAGGAAACUGUAGUGAUGGAGACUGUGCCGGAGAGCACGAAAGAGGAGUCGGAGAGUGCUAAUUCGCCUCAUCCUGUUCAGCCCCCAUCUCCGGACCAGGAGAGAUGUUGA